UUGUUUUUAAUGCGUAAUUCAUUGGUGUUUAAUCUGUUAAUUGCUUAUUGAAUUUCUGUUUCCCUAUAAAUCGUAGUUCAUGGUGGAAGAACAAUCAUGCAAUAUGAAUUUUUUAUUCUAUUUUUGAUUCGGUAUUUAUCUCUGGCUCUUUCUUGCAGUGAGGAUGGAUGCAGUUAUUUAUAAGCAAGACCGGUACAGAGGUGAUGGUGAUCAUAAUGUGCAGAAGAUGAGAAGAAUCUCGAAUGUUUCUUGGCUUGCAUCGAAGAGACAAGUUCACAAAACGCUUAAGAAUAGCGUUAAUGGCAAGAUAUGGAAACGGGAAGAGGACGAUGAUGAUGAUGGGUGGUCAAUCCCAACAAGAACAAAAAAUUCAUCCAAGAAAGUGAAACUGACUCCUGCUUUUGAAUUCUCGAAAGGCAAUGGAAUUCCAAGGAAGCGGCUGAAUAAGAGAAGUAGUUUUGUAGUUGUAGACUUGGAGGGUGAUUCAGAAGAAGAAGUUUUAGAGCAAGCGUGUAUUAUGAAUAUAAGAGCGCGCAAAAGAGCUAGAACUUCAGAUAGUGAGGCAGUCAAAAGAAAUCACAUGUAUACAAGGCUAGAAAAUGGAGAUUUGAAAACGGUUGUGCUGUGGAAUGCCAAUGAUGAUGGAAGUAUUUCUUGUGCCCCAAAAGAAAUGGGUGGUUGUGGUGAUUGUGUAUUUAUUGUGCCCCAAAAGAAAGCAGGUCGUCCAUCCAAUUCAUGAUCAGUGUUUCUACUUAACUUUGGAGCAUAAAAAGAAGUUGAAGGAGGAAUUUGGUAUUGAACCUUGGACAUUUGAACAAAGAGUUGGAGAAGCCGUAUUUAUUCCUGCUGGUUGCCCACACCAAGUUAGGAAUCUCAAGUCAUGUACAAAAGUUGCCGUAGAUUUUGUCUCUCCUGAAAAUGUCCAGGAGUGCCUUCGCUUAACCAAAGAGUUCAGACAACUUCCAAAGAACCACAGGGCUAGAGAAGACAAACUUGAGAUCAAGAAGAUGAUAAUCUAUGCAAUUGCAGAAGCAAUUAAAGAUUUAGAAGAACUGAUACAAUGACAGCAUUGAGUUCUACACAAAGUGGCAACUGAAGAACAAAGAAGCCAAAGUUAAUUGUUCCCUUUUUUUCCAAUUUUUUAACAUUGUUGUUACAUUAAUUAAAGUUUUUUUGAAGGAUGUAAAUCAUCAAUUUAAUGUUUAACACAGACGAUUUUUUUCCCUUUCUUAUUUA